CAAAAUGGGUUCGUUUAUGGGUCACGUUCUUCCUGGAACAUUUUUUAUAUCCUUCUCUCUUUGGUGGAUGGUAUCCAUAUAUAGGAGAUAUUUUGAAUCUCGACUCAGCAAAAGAAAAUAUUUUAAUUCAUCCAGCUUCAGAUGCAACUGUUUAUCUAACUUUCCCUUGGAAGCAGUCAUCAAACUCACGCUUAUCAGCAUUGGAAUUGUUGGCGAAACAGUUACAGGAUUUCAGGACGGAAAAUUCGUCCAUUUGGGGAAUGGUCAACAUAUUACUAUGUUUGGAUUCUUUGCAUUAAAUGGAGUAGUGGAUGUUGUAAAUUUUUACAGACCCGGUGUCCUCCCUCCUCAACUGGAUUAUAUAUCUGCUGCUGUUGGGUUCGGAGUUGAAGCAUUUCUCUUCUCCUGGCAUCUUCACGGAAGGACGGAGAUAGACGUACAGUUGCAUACUUUUCUGGUUUACGCCAUACUACUUACAGUGAGCUUCACAAUUCUUGAGACAUUUAACAGGGAAAACGUACUUUUUGGACUUGGAAGGACAUUUGCUGUAUUUCUGCAGGGAACUUGGUUUCUACAGAUCUCUUUCAUUCUCUACAAUCCUUUGGGAGGGGGUGUAUGGACUACACACGAUGAUAUGAUGAUAAUAACAAUGAUAUUUGCCUGGCAUAUCGCUGCUAUAAUACUCCUCCAGGCUGGAAUAGGGUGUCUGGUUUAUUUAACUGUGGCAAAAAGAUUUCCCGAUAUAAUUUCUUCACGCCAUAUAAGGUUGGGAGAAGAAUAUGAAAAUGAAACCCAGUAUGAUAGCUGCUCCUCUGCAGGCUGUCAAGUGAAAGAAACCCUGCAGAGCUGUAUUGAUGAAGAAGAAACCUUAUUGGAAGGAGCAUAUGAAGAAUACUUACCUCUCCCAACCUCGGAAACUGCAUAAAACCCCUCCCUACCUCGGAAACUGUAUAAAACCCUCUCAACCUCGGAAACUGCAUAUAACCCCUCCCAACCUCGGAAACUGCAUAUAACCCCUCCCUUCCUCGGAAACUGCAUAUAACCCCUCCCAAAUUCGGAAACUGCAUAAAACCCCUCCCUACCUCGGAAACUGAAUAUAACCCCUCCCUACCUCGGAUACUGCAUAAAAUCCUCCCAACCUCGGAAACUGCAUAAAACCCCUCCCUACCUUGGAAACUGCAUAAAACCCCUCCCUACCUUGGAAACUGCAUAUAACUUCUCCCUACCUUGGAAACUGCAUAAAACCCCUCAUUACCUUGGAAACUGCAUAAAACCCCUCCCUACCUUGGAAACUGCAUAUAACCUCUCCCUACCUUGGAAACUGCAUAAACCCCUCCCUACCUUGGAACUGCAUAAAACCCAAACCCUACCUUGGAAACUGCAUAAAACCCCUCCCUACCUUGGAAACUGCAUAAAACCCCUCCCUACCUUGGAAACUGCAUAUAACUCCUCCCUACCUUGGAAACUGCAUAAAACCCCUCCCUACCUUGAAACUGCAUAAAACCCCUCCCUACCUUGGAAACUGCAUAUAACCUCUCCCUACCUUGGAAACUGCAUAAAACCCCUCCCUAUCUUGGAAACUGCAUAAAACCCCUCCCUAUCUUGGAAACUGCAUAUAACCCCUCCCUACCUCGGAACCUACAUAAAAAGUUUACAUUGGAAUAGAAUUCACAUAUAUUACAAAUGAAUAGGUUUAUAUAUGUAUUGCUGGGAACGGCAACAAUAUAUAAGGGUGUUUAUAAAUUUAUAUAUUAAAAUAAUCCUAUUCAAAAUAUAAUAUCUCAUGCCAAAGAAAGCAUUAUGAAGCAAUGCCAAAAACAACAAAAGUCCAAAAAGUUUGAAAUAUGAAAGGUUUACACCAUUAGGUUGCAAAGAUAUAGGAAUUAGAAAAUUUGAGGUUGUGGCAAAGAUCCAUUCUUUAGAAUAUUUUUUAUUAUGACUGUUAACUAUUAUCUGCUGACCGUUAACUUUUUCAAUGUUGAUUAGAAAUAUUGAAUUUUAAAGAAUUAGGUAAAAAUCAGGAUGAGGUAUGAAUGCUGCAAACAAUUUUAAAUUAAAAAUACAUAUUUUUUGUGAAAUACCUUGUAGCUAAGCUAUAGAUCGUCCCAUAUCAUAUUGGAUUAUCUCCAAGCUUUACAGCCAAAAUACGUACAUAAUACUCAAAAAACCUGGCCUUUUCUUCAAGAUAAUUGUUAUAUUAGCCUAUUACAUUUUUUUAAAUUAUUCAUUCUUUUUAAAUUUUCUGAUUAGUCCCUAAAAUCUCAAUUUAGAGUUAUAAACGAUCUAAUGUGAUGUGGGAUACGCUGUAUGUGUACAAUAAGUAAUGAUUAAUGAGCCGUUUAUGUUUUGAAAACGUAAUUUCACAUCAAAUAAUUAAAUAUGUAUUAUGUAUAUAAUAAAUAUGCACUUCUAUAAUAAUGACAUAUUUGAAUGUAUAAUUUACACAUAACAAAUUAAUUUAGUGCCAAUGUUAUAACAUUGUACGUUAAUACUUUAGAAAUAGGUUUGCCUUUCUUUUUCAACAUUGUAUUUUAACAUAAGGCUAUACAGAAUAAUUUCAUAGACAGCUGAAAUAUAUGCAACUUUAUAGAAACAAAGUUAAAAUACAGUUUGUUCCACUAGCAUGAUGGUUCUUGAUAUACGAUAUUGUGACACUAUUAAAACAGAUUUUACAGAUUCGAUUGUCAAAACCAAUUAUCACAAAAUAUCUCUUGGCCUUGCACUGUCUUUUUUGAACCUUUAAAAUUACCCAAGAUAUAAAGAAUUUUGUUAAAAUUUUAAUUUAUCAAAUAACCCCAAAAUUGUAUAUGACCAUCCUUAUGUCUUAAACAUUUUUAAAGAAAGUACAGACCAAGUUGAAGAAAGUACAGACCAAGUUGAAGAAAGUACAGACCAAGUUAAAGAAAGUACAGACCAAGUUGAA